CCUGCACACGCAGCAGCAAAGACUCAGAGCCCAUCCUCCUCAUCUGAUGUUUAUAUGCUUCAGUCCGAAAAGGUGCAUUAUAGAAAAUGGAAUCACUUCAAUCAUGCUGUGGACGGAGUCAUCAAAACCUUGAAGUAAUGAAGGCAGGGAUGUUUUUACGCAAGGUGAAGUCUCGUAUGUGGAAGCGUCAGCGGCACUACAAACUUCAGGAGGACUGCAAGACUGUCGCAUAUAAAUCCAGCUGGGCAAUAAACUCUUAUUCUACCUUCUCCAUCAGUGAUGUGGAGGCUGUUCGUGAGGGACAUCAGUCGGAGAUGCUCCUCAGUGUAGCGGAUGAGUUUCCUGCUGACCGCUGCUUCACACUGGUGUUCCGCGGCCGCAGAGGAAACCUGGAUCUGGUGGCCGAGUCAGCGGAGGAAGCUCAGGCCUGGAUUCAGGGCGUAAGAGCCCUCAUGGAGAACAUUGAGAACAUGGAUGAGAGCACCAAACUUGACCAAUGGAUCUCAGACUGGUUUUUGAAAGCAGAUCGGAACAAGGAUGGAAGAAUGAAUUUUAGGGAGACAAAAAAACUGCUGAAAAUGAUGAACGUGGACAUGAAUGAAGAACAUGCAUACUGUCUUUUUAUGAGGGCAGAUAAGUCGGAGUCAGGAACCCUGGAAGAUCAGGAGUUUGUGGAGUUCUAUAAGAUGCUCACCGAGAGAAUAGAGGUGCUGGAUUUAUUCCAGGAUUAUUCCAGUGAUGGACAGAUCUUGUCUCAGUGUGAUCUGGAGGAGUUCCUGAGAGAGGAGCAGCUAGAGGGGGAGGCCAGUUAUGAACAUGCCCUUCAGCUGAUUGAUCGAUAUGAGCCUUCAAACACAGCCAGAAUGAAUCAUUCAAUGUCAAUCGAUGGGUUCCUAAUGUACCUGACGUCUCCUGAGGGAUCCAUCUUCAAUCCAGAGCGGCAGGGCUUCUUUCAAGACUUGAGCCAACCUCUUGCCCACUAUUACAUCUCGUCCUCACACAACACUUACCUCAUGGAGGACCAGCUAAAAGGACCAAGCAGCGUUGAAGCCUACAUCCAGGCUCUGAAGCGAGGCUGCAGGUGUGUAGAGGUGGACUGCUGGAAUGGACCGAAUGGGGAGCCGGUAGUUUAUCAUGGACACACAUUCACAUCUAAGAUUCUCCUCAAAGACGUGAUUACUACUAUUGCAAAUUAUGCCUUUAAGGCAUCUGAGUAUCCACUCAUCGUGUCUAUUGAAAACCACUGCAGCAUAGAGCAACAAGAAGUCAUGGCUCGACUUUUCAGAGAUAUCCUGGGAAAUAUGUUGCUGACGAGCACAGUAGAUGCCAAAGUGGCCAGUGAACUCCCAUCCCCAGAGGCACUUAAGAGGAAGAUCCUGUUAAAAGGAAAGAAAAUUAGAAAUGAAUCAGAGAGCCUCACAGAUGAAGUCAGUGAUGAGGACGAGGCAGCAGAAAUGAAUAAGGACUGUCCGGCAUCGGAGAGUCCACCAACAGAUGCAAAGAAAUCGAAGCAAAAUCUAUGCAAAGAGCUCUCAGACCUGAUGUUCUGUAAGAGUGUACAUUUCCACAGCUUUGAACAUUCCCGCACCUCUGCUAAGCCUGAUGAGAUGUCAUCGUUCUCUGAGUCUAAAGCCCGUAAAUAUUCCAAGGAAGCAGGUUCAGAUUUCGUUCUGCAUAACACCAGGCAGCUGACAAGAGUGUAUCCAAGUGGAAUGAGAACGGAUUCAUCAAAUUAUUGUCCACUGGACAUGUGGAACAUGGGAUGCCAGAUUGUGGCAUUAAACUUCCAGACUGCAGGAAUGGAAAUGGAUCUUAAUGAUGGGUUGUUUACUCAGAACGGCUGCAGUGGCUACGUUCUAAAACCUGAGAUACUGUGCAACAGAGAGAGACUCUUUGAUCCUGAAAAACCUGAGGAACGUGAGGAUUACCACCCUUUACUGUUCUCUGUGAAGGUUAUUAGUGGGCAACAGCUCCCUAAAGUAAGGCAAAAAGAAUGGUCCAUUGUAGACCCCCUGGUAAGGGUGGAAAUUUAUGGUGUUCCUCUGGAUCAAGCCAAACAGGAGACCAAAUACAUUGACAACAAUGGAUUCAACCCAUGUUGGAAUGAAUCGUUGCAGUUCACAAUCCACACCCCUGAGCUGGCACUGGUGCGUUUUGUAGUUGAAGACUAUGAUAAAGCAUCUAGGAAUGACUUCAUAGGGCAAAACACUCUUCCUUUUACCUGUAUUCAACCAGGAUAUCGCCAUGUGCAUCUGUUGUCCAAAGACGGAAUGAGUAUCCAUCCAUCCUCCAUCUAUGUUCAUAUCAAAAUCGCAGAGCUGUGAUUUCACAAUUCCAGGAGUAUCAUUUACAAUGCUUGAAACUUGUUCUGAAGAGCUAAUAUUUCUCAGACAUAUCUGUAAAUUGUAAAA